AUGAAUACCUUGUUCAUGAAAACAUGCCAUUUCCAAAUUAAGAGCAUUUCAGAGAAAUCUACUGCCGAACGAUUAGCUAAAGAAAAUUGUAGCUUGAAGCGUCAUUUUCAACAAAAACAAAACGAUUGUGUACUCACAGUGCUGUCCCUAUUACCAACACUGGGCGAUCAAAUUUUGCGCGAAGAAGGGUGGGCUAAAUUACAAGAAACCAGACAUUUGGAAAAGAUUGAAACUCGACUGAGAAAGGAAAGAGAAAUGGCCGCUUCUGCUAGAGAGGAAUUCAAUGAAAGUCACACGUCGUAA